AUGGACAAGUACCAUCCUGGUUACUUCGGCAAAGUCGGCAUGCGACACUUCCACCUUCUCAGAAACCACUACUGGAAACCCACAAUCAACCUUGACAAGCUAUGGUCACUGGUUCCUGAAGAGACACGCGACACCUACAUCUCUGGAAAGAAGACCGAUACCGCUCCCGUCCUCGACCUCCUCCCCCUCGGAUACUCGAAAGUGCUAGGCAAGGGCAGAAUCCCAGAGAUCCCGCUCGUCGUCAGGGCAAGAUGGUUCAGCAAGGAGGCCGAGCGAAAGAUCAAGGAGGCUGGUGGUGUUGUUGAGUUGGUUGCUUAG